AUGGUCAACGAAAGGCCUGGGCAGUCAGGCGGCCCAUCGCGCCCCGCACCGGCGGGCUGGCCACGGGCAUCAGGAUCCUCAGUCUCGGCUUCACCAGCUGCUCCCAGAGGCCUAAGACCUGGACUCGGACUGGGCAAGGGCUCCGGUGGUCUCGGGAAGGGGAAAGGGUUGGGGAAAGCAAAUCUCAAGAGGCAUACGAAGAUCCGAAAAGACAACAUCUACGGGGUUACAAAAGGUGACAUCCGACGUUUGGCUCGGCGUGGCGGCGUGAAGCGCAUUUCCGCAACCAUCUACGACGACGUGCGCCUGGCCCUCAGAGAGCGACUAGCAAGGAUCCUGAAAGACUGCUGUGCGAUCGUGGACUCCAGUGGACGCAAGACCGUCUCAGUCACCGACAUUGUCUUUACCCUUCGACGACUCGGUAACCCUAUAUACGGCUUUGAGCCCCAUUUUCUCAAUAACCGCUGA